GGGUGUGUCGUCGCAUUGGAGAUACUGUGCUGAUCUCCGAGCAGGGCUGUUGAGGAGGCUGGCUUACGCUCAGUGAGGCGGCACCUUGGGGAUGAUGGCAGAGGGAGAUAAUCGUAGCACCAACUUGCUGGCUGCAGAGACUGCAAGUCUGGAAGAGCAGCUGCAAGGAUGGGGAGAGGUGAUGCUGAUGGCUGAUAAAAUCCUCCGAUGGGAAAGACCCUGGUUUCCACCUGCCAUCAUCGGUGUGGUUUCUUUGGUGUUUCUGACCAUCUACGGUUUAGAUCCAUCUGUUCUUUCCGGUGUUUCCUGUUUUGUUAUGUUUCUAUGCUUGGCUGACUACUUUGUUCCCAUUCUAGCGCCUAGAAUUUUUGGCUCUAAUAAAUGGACCACUGAGCAGCAGCAAAGGUUCCAUGAAAUUUGCAGCAGUCUAGUAAAAACUCGACGCAGAGCUGUGGGCUGGUGGAAACGCCUCUUCACACUAAAGGAAGAAAAGCCAAAAAUGUACUUCAUGACCAUGAUCAUUUCUCUUGCUGCGGUUGCUUGGGUGGGACAGCAGGUCCACAACCUUCUUCUGACCUACCUGAUAGUGACUUUCUUACUGAUGCUUCCUGGACUAAACCAACAUGGAGUCAUUUCGAAGUACAUUGGAAUGGCCAAAAGGGAGAUGAACAAGCUUCUUAAGCAAAAAGAAAAGAAAAAUGAAUAACACCUUCUUCAUUUAGUGUGAUUAAUGGUGUGUAUAUUGAUUGUCCUUGGGAACAGUUUCUAUUAUCUGGAUACUAAAGUGUUACAGAAGUAGCUCCUUGCUCUCACUCCUUCUGCCCUUAGUUACUAGAAAAUCAGACUUGCCACACAAAGCUUUUAUACAUAGUAUCUUCGUAUCAAGUGUAUCUGGGUGCAUUGUCAUCAGUUGGCCUUAUAUGGACAACUCACUCAUGAAUACAACUUUUGAUUUUUCUUACCCAGGGUUAAUUGAAUUCUUGUAGGCAGCUUCCUUUAAAAUAAAAUAGUGGUGGAUUUCACUUUUUAGUACAGUUAACAGUAACUUUGGAAAAUUGUUCGAGUUGAUCUUUGCUUGCUAGAUACAGGUGUUAGCAGUCUGUGGUUACAAAAAACUGGUUCUACUGCCUCCUUCCACAGUCUGCUUAGAAAGCUGUCUGGUUUCCUGAACAUAGAGACCAAGUUUACCACUUCCAAUGAAGAAACCAGUGAAAAUUCAUUCCUCAUUCUGUUUGUAUGCCAUGGGAGAAGAAUCCUCAUAGAAUAAAAUGAAAAUAAUACAUGCCCUAGUAUAUGUUGGUUUCUCCAUUGUGUAAAACUUAAGCAAUUUGUAGAAAAUACUGAUUCUUCCUCUGAAAUGGGGAAUAUGACAGGCUUAGAACUCUUGUCCCCUUUCACUUAGCGUUCAGGUUAGUAGGUCCUUAAAAGGUUUUUUAAUAGCAAGCUUCUAAAAGCUUGCAUUUAGGAUUUUUAGCAUACUUUUAAUUUAAGAUUUCAGCUGUUUAAAACUAAAGUACAGAAGAGAUGAAGACUUGUGCCUAUGACUUUUACUCCAAGACCAGCUAAUCAAGGACAAAAGUCUUACUGUGUUCCAUCAGGAUUCAGCACAACAUAAUCUUAUCCUACUAAUUUUUCAGUUCUCAUUUUAUGGUAAUGUUGGCUGCUGUGGUCACCAUAGAUCUGGCCUAGGAGGUGGUGACUAUGCUGGCAUCUGACUUUUUCCCUGAAUAUUCCUCUGAAGAAUAGGAGGGCUGUUGGUGAGAGCAGACUUUGGGAGAUGAUGGAUGGCCUUGAGUCUGUAGAGAUUUUGUAACUCUCGGAAAGCAUCUUAGAGUCAUUCUUCCUCUCAGUAGCUACAAGUUUAGAGUAGUUGAAGUCUGUGGAAUGAACCUCUAAGGGCCAAAAAUGUGACAUAUUUGGGAACAGGUCUUAAACUCUAAUUAAUUAGCUGUAAUAUAGUUUUGUGAAUUUAUUGCACUGAUGCUAUAAAACCUGGACUUUGUGGUAUGGUAUAUCUGUCCCUAAAUAAGUGUUUUCUCCCCUUCAUUGCUGUAAACAGUGGCACUCAUGUAGCAUAUGUUUGAUGAUUGUUUAAAUGUUUCAUAUGAAAACUACAAGCUACCUUAAUUUACAUGUGUUUCCUCAUUGUAAAUAAGCCUGUUGUCUUAUCUGGAUCUUUUUUUCUUAUAUACAUGGUCUACCAAUUUAACUACUUUUGUGUUUUUAAUCCUGUGUUGUUAUAUUUCUUUGUUUUGUGAAAAGAGGAAAAAUAAAAGCUGGAAUCCCU